AUGGCCGCCACCAGAUUAAAAUCAGAUUUUGUUGUUUUCCUUGUUAUUUUGGCAAUAACUCUUAUUUCUGGCGUAAAAAUCAACCUUAAUGGUAGCUGGGCUGUCGAAGAUGAAGGACGUGAGAUUGUAACACUUGCCACAGUGCCUGGAGAAAUCUUUAUGGAUCUGGUCAAUGGCGGCUUCCUAGACGACCCCUAUUAUCGAUCCAAUUACAUUAAGUAUCGUUGGGUGUCGUACAGGAACUGGACGUAUUCAAGAUCUUUUCUAGUAUCUGAGGAUGUGUACGACCGCCCCCACCUUGACCUGGUCUGUGAGGGCUUGGACACGGUCGCAGCUGUCUACAUCAACGAUAAACUUCUCGCCAGAACAAAAAACAUGUUCAUCAAGCAUCGCUUUGAUGUCAAAGGCCUCCUUGUGCCUGGCAAAAAUGUAGUGAAAGUUGUGUUUACAUCGGCCGUCCUGUAUGCGGCUGAGCAGGCUAAAGCUCAUGCGUAUCCAAUCCCUCCUGCUGACAGGAAUCCAUGUGAAAAUAGCGAGAAGUAUCAUCAAUUCAUACGCACUCGGCAGUCGGCGUUUUCUUGGGAUUGGGGCCCUGCUUUCCCGACAGUCGGGAUUUGGAAGCCUAUAUACAUCGAUGGCUACACAGAGGCAAGAAUUGGUGAAGUCACUGUCGCUACCUCAAAAACGACCAACUCCAGUUGGGUCGUGAGUGGUAAAGUGCACUUCCACGUCUUGUCUGACGUCACCAUCGAUCUUGUGAUCAGUAUCCCGGGGCUGAAGAAAGUUGAGAUGUUCAAGGUCAAACUCUCGCCAAAGGUCACGGGAGGUCAGGAGUUUAAGUAUCGUCUGUCUAUUACAACUCCAGUUGAACUCUGGUGGCCAAACGGACAUGGGAAUCAGAAACUCUAUGAUAUAAACGUACAAAUUACAGACAAUAGUUUGGACCCGGUUGAUAAGAAGUCGUUACGGUUUGGAUUCCGUACAAUCAAGUUGAUCGAGAAUGAUAUACAAGGUGGCAAAGCGACCACAUUUUACUUCAUGAUCAACGACAAGCCGAUCUUCAUGAAGGGCUCCAACUGGAUCCCUGGUGAUGCGUUCCAAGAGAGAAUGACCCCUGAGAGGACGAGGAACCUGCUGCAGUCAGCUGCUGAUGCUGGCAUGUGUAUGAUGAGGGUCUGGGGUGGAGGGAUCUAUGAAACGGAUGUAUUCUACGACCUGAUGGAUGAGCUGGGCAUCAUGGUCUGGCAGGACUUUAUGUUUGCUGUAGCCAUGUACCCGGCCGACCAGGAAUAUCUUGAUACGGUCCGUGAAGAAACCACAUACCAAGUGCGUCGUCUGCAGCAUCAUGCCAGUAUCGCCAUCUGGAGUGGUAACAAUGAAUGUGCUGGUUGUCUCGCUAGUAACCGUUUUGGGACGGCGGCCCAUUACAAACGUUACUAUAACGACUAUGUCGCCCUCUAUAUUGGCGUGGUGUUGAAUGUGACGGCCCAGGAGGACCAGAGUCGGCCUAUCGUCAGUACGUCACCCAGUAAUGGCAAGCUGACGCCUGGAGCUGGUUGGAUCGAUAAGAAUGUUUAUGACACUCACCAUGGUGACGUCCACUUCUACACGUACUCGGGGAAUCUCUGGGACUGGCGUCGCUUUCCAAAACCCAAGUUCUGCUCGGAAUACGGCAUCCAAUCGUACCCGUCAUUUGAGGUGUUGAAACAAGUCUCUCAGCCCGAGGAUUGGUACUUCAACAGUACGUUUAUUGCAGACAGGCAGCAUCAUUGUGGCGGUGACAAACAACUUUUUGAUAUGGUGAAAGCUGUGAUGCAUCUCCCCAACUCGACUGACCACAUCAAACUAUUCAGUGAUCUUCUCUAUGUCUUCCAGAUUAAUCAAGCAAUGUCCAUCAAAACAGAGAGCGAAGUCUAUAGAAGGAUGCAGGGUGUCAUGAAUGGUCUUGGUGGUUACACGAUGGGAUCACUCAUCUGGCAGCUCAAUGAUAACUGGCAGGGGCCUUCUUGGGCGACGUUAGAGUACACUGGCAAAUGGAAGAUGCUGCAUUACUAUAUCAAAGACUUCUACAAUAAGACUGUGGUCGUCCCGUGGGAGGAUGGGGAUACAUUCAAGAUCAGCUUCGUCCAGGAGGACGUUCAGCUGCCGGCACCAGGGGAAUCGGUGGAAAUCCUCAAAAGUAAGACGGGUAUCCCUCUUGGGUCGUCUUACAGAAGUUCUGGGCAGGACCAGUACUCACAAGAGACGUUUGAAUGGCAGCAGUCAUCGGCUGAAGAGGGCAAAGAUCUGAAGUGGUCUAGGAGUGCGGUCACAGAGGAGUCGGAGGGUCAGAGUCCAGGUGUGGUCCACAUGGGGCAGCAGAAACUACUUGUCGUGGAGAAGGCUGCCGGUGAUAAGGAUUCGUCGUGGUAUUGCUCAACUGCCAAGCCGUGUGUUCUAGUCCUCACAUUCAGGCCGUGGGAUCUCACAAAAUCUCCACUUAGAAUUCAAACAAUUAUCAAACAGUCCACCAUCUUACCGUCCAUGGUUAUAUUUGAAGCGGAGACAUCCACGAUGUUGGGUCAGUUGAAGAGAGAAGAUUACAUGAUCGAGAUUACCGUCCAAGACGAGGCCAGCGUGACACUGGCCUCAAACUUUUACUUCCUGACCGUUCCUAAAGCUGCCUGGGGGAUGAGAAAGGCUAACAUCAAGGUUAAAAGCGUCACAGCUCGGGACAAGAACUUCGUGAUCACACUCUCCAGUGACCAGCCGGCGUUGUUCGUCUUUGUGGAGGCAUGGGGGAUCAAGGGACGAUUCUCUCAAAAUGGUUUCCAUAUGAUGUCUGGACCAAGCAAGGCUCUAUCGCUGGUCUUCUAUCCAUGGGAGGUGACGACCGUCAUGGUGUUACAGGAUUCACUCAGGAUCACAUCUCUUAUGGACGUUUAUCAGUUUUAAUUAUGGAACAUAAACUUGUUUUGCUCUAAUAUAAUCUAAAAUAACCCGUAUUACAAUCAUGUCUUAACAUUUAACUGAAAUCUGAAUAUGUGUUAGAUUUAUAACUUAAUAAGAAAAAUUUCAAAUCUACGGCUAGCAUGAUAUCUGAAUGUCAAUCAGACAUUUUGUUUGCCCAACACAACUUACAGGUAAUCAGAUUGUAUCACUUGGCACAUAUCUUACAUUACCAGGUAUGUGUUUAACCAUUCCAGUUGAUCAGAUUGUAUCACUUAACACAUAUCUUACAUUACCAGGUAUGUGUUUAACCAUUCCAGUUGAUCAGAAGACUGACAUGCACAAGAGUUAUUCUGUUUUUGGGAGUCAGUAUGGUCUAGUGUAUCACACUUGGCUAGCUGUCAAGAGGUCUCCGGUUCAAAGCUUACAGUUGGCAUAAGAUGCUAAGCAGUUGUCAUAGUCUAACUUCCCAUCCUCCACCCAGGACCCGGUUGUUCAAAGUUCUGUUUCUGGUUUGGCAGCCGCUAAACCACUGUUAUCUUAGCAGGCCGCCAAAUUCGCGUUAAGGUUAGCGGCCGCUAUACAACUGCUAAGUAAGCGGUACCUCAAGGGUUUUGUCUUUGGCUGCUGCCAAGUGAAGCAGCGGUCGCUAAACUAACCAGGCUUUGAACAACCGGACCCAGGUGUAUAAAUGGGGACCAGUCAGAAACGCUCAGGUUGUAGUGCUGAUUAUCGACAAUCUUUUUUCAAUGUUGUUUUCUUUAAAAGACCGAGUGUCACUUGCUGGUCUUGUGCACUCACCCUUAAUAUUACAGAAGAAUAUCAUAUAUUUGUAGUUUGUGAUAAUUUUUCACAUGUUUUGGUAAUAAAAUCACUGAUUAUUCAGCAAUAUUCAUUA